CGUUACAGGAAUAAACACACAACACAAAGAUCCACAAAAACAUAGAAGUCCCACUCUGACAGAAAUUCACAAAAACACAGAACAAAGAGAAAAACAAAUACUUCCACAGCUGUAACACGUGCAUUCAUUCCACAAAAGGUAAAUCUACAUUGUUACUCAAAAUAACUUGCAGUAUAUAAUCAUCAAAAAUGGUUGAGGAUAAAAUCACAAAUUUACUUUGUUUUGCCCUGUGGUGAAACAACCAUGAAGAAUCCUUAAAUUCUUGAAUCCUAAACCAAACCAGGACAGCAACAUCAUCUCAAAAAGAGCUUCAUACUUACAUAUUUGAAUCUAAUUAAGUGGCCUAAAUCAAAAUAAUCUGAUCAUGGUCCCCAAAAAAAUCCACACUUGAUUGUUUAUUAGAGGACUGAGGUUAAAAGUUAGAGUUUCUUUACAGUCGGAAGUGUCCUAAGCUGUCAAAGCUGACAUCAAAUUCAUUCAGUCAGGAUUACAGGAGUUUAUCCGGACUUGAAAAGUCGAUCAAGUUACCCGGCAUUAUCAGGUGUUAAGAUAAAUUACUGGCCUCUUAAUUUCCGUACGGCCUCACAAUCCUGCCAACAUAAUCCGUUUUAGCUAUUAAGCAAUAAGGAGAGUGGGAAGGUAUAAAAAUCACAAGGCUAAGCUCUGAGCUGCGUGUUCGGAAACUCUCCCCGGAUCCUCCACUUCAAGAAAAUCCAAGGAAAAAUGGGUUGGGAGCCUAAUGGCACAGAAGGACAGAACUUCUACAUCCCGAUGUCCAACCGGACGGGGGUUGUUCGGAGCCCCUUUGAGUACCCUCAGUUCUACAUGGUCGACCCGAUCAUGUACAAGAUUCUAGCUUGUUAUAUGUUCUUCCUGAUCUGCACUGGAACUCCCAUCAAUGGCUUGACGUUGUACGUCACGGCGACCAACAAGAAGCUUCAGCAACCUCUCAACUUCAUCCUGGUGAACCUGGCGGUGGCCGGACUCAUCAUGUGCGCCUUUGGCUUCACCAUCACCAUCACGUCCAGCUUCUAUGGCUAUUUCGUUCUUGGACCCACCUUCUGUGCCAUUGAGGGGUUUAUGGCCACACUUGGAGGUGAAGUGGCUCUGUGGUCGCUGGUUGUUCUGGCCGUUGAGAGGUACAUUGUGGUCUGCAAACCCAUGGGGAGCUUCAAAUUCACUGGAACUCAUGCCGGAGCCGGGGUGGUUUUCACCUGGGUGAUGGCUCUCGCUUGUGCCGCUCCUCCACUCGUUGGCUGGUCCAGGUAUCUUCCUGAAGGCAUGCAAUGCUCCUGCGGACCUGACUACUACACUCUGGCUCCAGGCUACAACAACGAGUCAUUCGUCAUUUACAUGUUCGUCGUUCACUUCUUCAUUCCGGUCUUCCUCAUUUUCUUCACGUAUGGAAGCCUGGUGUUGACUGUCAGAGCUGCAGCAGCGCAGCAGCAGGACUCAGCUUCCACCCAGAAGGCAGAGAAGGAAGUGACACGUAUGUGUUUGCUGAUGGUCCUCGGCUUCCUGGUGGCUUGGGUUCCGUACGCCAGCUUUGCCGGCUGGAUUUUCCUGAACAAAGGAGCUUCCUUCACUGCUCUGACCGCCUCCAUCCCUGCUUUCUUUGCUAAGAGCUCAGCUUUGUACAACGCUGUCAUCUAUGUGCUGCUCAACAAACAGUUCCGUAACUGCAUGCUGGCGGCCAUCGGAAUGGGCGGCAUCGUGGAGGAUGAGACCUCAAUGUCGACCAGCAAGACAGAAGUCUCAACCGCAGCUUAAGGACCACAUGUCUUAAUCACAACAACCUCUUCGCUUUUGUGGACAAAAAAAGAAGCAUAUUAAAAAG